GUUAGAAGUCUAGCCCCAAGCAAAGAGCAAUGGGGUUGUUUUCUGUCACCUGAAAGCCGCCAGAAGGCUUGGAUUACCCCUCCUCGCUGGGGACUGUGCUCCCGGGACACUGACAGGGUGCAGCUAGCCCCCAUGCGGGCCUUCCGCAAAGCAAGCACCCGCAGAUUUCAAGGACUCGUGAGAGCGUGAGCCGGGCUGUCGGCGGGGCCCCCUAGGCUCCCGAGGCCGGGGCAGGCCGGUCCAAGCUGUGCCGGCCGUUUAAAAAAAGAGAGACUUAAGAGAUGAACUCGCCCGUGAGCUGCUGGCUGCCCGGCUAUAGGGGCGAAGGCCCCUGACGCAAGCGGAACUCGGCGGAGCCCAUACGAAUCAGAACGGAGCAAGACUCCUGGCGCACUAGGGACUCCAGGAGGCGGCAGCGCCAGAGACGCGGGUCGCGCCUCGGGAAACCGGGCGGUGGGGGGAGGGGAAAGCUCAACCAAGAAACCCCACCGAGGCGGGGACUGGCCUGGGCGGGGAGGGGCGGCGGGGCCGGAGCCCCUCGCUGUUGGGCAGAGUCGCGAUGGCCAGAGGCUGACUUCCACUCUCACCGACCGCUCCCCCGGGGGAAAGAGAAGAGAGCGAGAGAGCGGCGCGAGGCCUCCGGUUCCCGCAGCUUGCAGAAAUUGGAGGCUUGGCCGCGAGCGCACUGCGCCCGCCUGCAAGGCGAGCCUGCGCCGGGAGAGCACAGCCCCGGGGCGGCCCGGCCGAGGAGCUCCGGCUUUUGUCAUGAUGGCCAGCUACCCGGAGCCCGAGGACGCCGCGGGGGCCCUGCUGACCCAGGAGAGCGGGCGCGCAGUCAAAGAGCCCGAGGCGCCGCCAGCGAGUCCGAGCAAGGGUGGCGGGACGGCACCCGAGAAGCCGGACCCCGCGCAGAAGCCCCCGUACUCGUACGUGGCGCUCAUCGCCAUGGCGAUCCGCGAGAGCGCGGAGAAGAGGCUCACCCUGUCGGGCAUCUACCAGUACAUCAUCGCCAAGUUCCCGUUCUACGAGAAGAACAAGAAGGGCUGGCAGAAUAGCAUCCGCCACAACCUCAGCCUCAACGAGUGCUUCAUCAAGGUGCCGCGCGAGGGCGGCGGCGAGCGCAAGGGCAACUACUGGACGCUCGACCCGGCCUGCGAGGACAUGUUCGAGAAGGGCAACUACCGACGCCGCCGUCGCAUGAAGCGGCCCUUCCGGCCACCGCCCGCACACUUCCAGCCGGGCAAGGGGCUCUUCGGGUCCGGAGGAGCGGCGGGGGGCUGCGGCGUGGCGGGCGCCGGCGCCGAUGGCUACGGCUACCUGGCGCCACCCAAGUACCUGCAAUCGGGUUUCCUCAACAACUCCUGGCCCCUGCCGCAGCCGCCCUCGCCCAUGCCCUACGCCUCCUGCCAGAUGGCGGCGGCCGCGGCGGCAGCUGCAGCUGCCGCGGCGGCCGCCGGCCCGGGCAGCCCCGGUGCAGCCGCCGUGGUCAAGGGGCUGGCGGGGCCCGCCGCCUCCUACGGGCCGUACUCGCGCGUGCAGAGCAUGGCGCUGCCACCCGGCGUCGUGAACUCCUACAACGGCCUGGGAGGCCCUCCCGCCGCGCCCCCGCCGCCGCCGCACCCCCACCCGCACCCUCACGCACACCAUCUGCACGCGGCCGCCGCACCGCCGCCAGCUCCGCCACACCACGGGGCUGCGGCGCCACCCCCGGGUCAGCUCAGCCCCGCCAGCCCGGCCACCGCCGCUCCCCCGGCUCCUGCUCCCACCAGCGCGCCCGGCCUGCAGUUCGCCUGCGCCCGGCAACCCGAGCUCGCCAUGAUGCAUUGCUCUUACUGGGACCACGACAGCAAGACGGGCGCACUGCACUCGCGCCUAGAUCUCUGAGAGCCACGGCGUGCGACCGCGGCCCAGGGGUGGAGGAGACGAGCUCGGGUCGCAGCCGCAGCAGCCAGCCGGACAGCACACACUCUGGG